CUAUGCUCACGGUUAUACUUUCUAGAUGGCCACGUUCACUUGAUCCAAAGGCUAUGCAAUGUUUUAUCUUGUUGCACAUUUGCGUGGUAUCCUAACAAAGCAAUUAAGAAAAGAAAAAUGCAGAUAAUGGUAUAAAGACAGGUUUUGUGGAGAUUUCUUUAUGAAGAGUUCAGCAUUGAAAUUUGUGGGGAAAAAUCUGAUGCCGACAAUUUUGGUUACGUUGGGUGGGUUUUGGGCUUGACAUUAAGGUAGAUCUGCAGCACUUGGUUGGAGAGAGGUACCUAUAGCCACUUAUUACCGUGGUAAAUCGGUGUGAAAGCGGGCUAUCCAAAAUAUUCCUAAAAUUCCAUAAUAACGCAGCGCAAUUGACAUUUGCAAUCGUCUUAUGAAAAAAUUAUGUCUGCAAACGGGCUGUCGACUAGAAUUCGGAUGUUUUUGAAUCCUCGUGAGCGGCAAAGGAGUCCUUUCCUACGCCUAGGCCAGCAGAUGCAAGACAUCUUGGGCGAUGGAGGGAUUCUGAAGGAAGUGGUCCAACCUGGAGAAGGCCAACCAGUGCCAAGAGAUUCAUCCGUCUCAAUCCAUUUCUCUGGAUUUCUGGAGUACUCGGACCGACCAUUUGAGACCACCAACCAACUGAAAUACCCUCGAAUGAUGAAGCUUGGAAGAGACGUGACUCUAUAUGGCCUGGAGCUGGGUAUUCUGACCAUGAAAAAGGGAGAGUUCUCUCGUUUUCUGUUUUUACCUGAGUACGCUUAUGGAGACAUGGGCUGCCCUCCACUCAUCCCCCCUUUUGCCACUGUGCUCUACGAGGUGCAAGUCCUUGACUUCCUUGACUCAGCUCAAGUGGAUGAGUUCUUCACACUGAGUUUGGUGAGAACAUUUUCCUCCCUCCAGGAGGAGCAGAACACUGUACCUCUGUACAAACUCCUCAAUGUAGUUGACACAGAGCGGAGCUUUGGCAACCGCUGCUUCAAUCAGAGUCGCUUUGAAGAUGCCAAAGAUCGCUACAAACAGGCCCUGACUCUGCUGGGGAAUCGGGAGGUGGAGGGAGAAGAGGAGAAGAGGAGCAUAGCAGCGGCGCAGUUGCCGAUUUACCUCAACCUGUCCCUGACCCAGCUCCGCCUGGAUAGGCCCCUAAAAGCCCUGGUGUACAGCCACAAGGCUCUUAAGAUCGACCCCAAAAACACCAAGGCCCUCUUCCGCUGUGGUCAGGCUUAUUUGGAGUUGUUUGAGUAUGAGAAAGCCCAGGAUUACCUCAUGAUGGCCCAGGCCAACAAACCGUUUGACACUGACAUCAACAAUCUCCUGAGGAAGCUUGCCAUAUGCUACAAUAACUCUUUAGACAAAGAGAAAGAACUGUGCUCCAAGAUGUUUGCAGACUUUGUGAAAAAGUGAAGGUGAUGGUGUAAACAAGAACUUAGUCAACAGAAGUCUCACACAAAUGUUAGUAAUGUGGAAAUGUAAUAACUUAUAUUUCAAGUUUUGUUCAUACAUUUAGCAAGCUAUUGUUCAUACUAAAUCCAGCACUUGGGACAGUGAAAUGUCUUAUCAAGGAUGAUUUGUUUUUUGUGUUUAC